CUUCUCAGUGAGUCCCUGUCUGUGAUGAAUGCUGAUUUAGCCCCGUAGUAGAUGCUCAUCCUUCCUCCUAAUCCACCUCCUUCAAGCUUCACCAUUUCACAAAACCAACACUCUGCGACAUAAACAUUCUGGAUAAGACCCUUCUCAUUCCUUAAUCCACUCCAAAAUCCCAGGAAUUCCACGCUUUGAUCAUCCACCUUCACUUCACAAUCAAUCACACCAAAACCUCCCUUCAACAUGUUUUCUUCUCGUUUUCUUUAACCACCAGUUAUGAUACGCGUAAAGCCAUAGAGACUAAUUAGCGUCCCCAUUUUACACCAUCUCACCAAUACUGCAUUUACUCGAUGGACUACUGCUGCGUCAGAGAGAUAGAAGGAAAGCAAGCUCAUGACCCUUUAUUCACUAACAAAAUGAGCAAUAAAUCGUCGUCUUCCCAGCGACGUUCCGUUUGGGUUCCUGGCCCUGUAAUUGUUGGAGCAGGGCCUUCAGGGCUCGCAGUGGCAGCCUGUCUCAAGGAGAAAGGCGUUCCCAGCGUGCUUCUAGAAAGAUCUAAUUGCAUAGCUUCUCUGUGGCAGCUCAAGACCUAUGAUCGUCUCCGCCUUCAUUUGCCCAAGCAGUUCUGCGAGCUUCCUCUCAUGGGGUUCCCCAGCGAUUUCCCGACAUACCCGACGAAGCAACAGUUCAUAGACUACUUAGUGAGCUAUGCAGAGCGGUUCGAUAUCAGACCGAGGUUCAAUGAGACGGUGAAGGAGGCGGAAUUCGACCCCACGCUGGGGCUUUGGCACUUGAGAAGCGAGGGGAAGGCCGAGACGACAACGUCAACGGAGUACGUGUGCCGGUGGCUGAUCGUGGCGACGGGAGAGAAUGCGGAGGCGGUGGUACCGGAGAUAGAAGGAGCGGAGGAGUUCGGAGGGCCCAUAAAGCACACGAGCCUGUACAAGAGCGGCGAGGAGCUGAGAGGGAAGAAGGUCUUGGUGGUAGGGUGUGGGAAUUCGGGCAUGGAAGUUUGCUUAGAUCUUCGCAACCAUAAUGCUAGCCCUUCUCUUGUGGUCAGAGACACUGUACACGUCCUGCCACGAGAGAUGCUGGGAAAAUCAACUUUCGGGCUGUCCAUGUGGUUGCUCAAGUGGCUUCCCAUACGACUGGUGGAUCGGUUCCUGCUGAUCGUGUCGUGGCUGUUGCUCGGCGACACUGCUCGCUUCGGAUUGGUACGUCCUCGGCUGGGUCCCCUUCAGCUCAAGAACCUUUCCGGCAAGACCCCAGUCCUCGAUGUGGGUACCCUCUCCGAGAUCAGAAGCGGACACGUUCAGGUUUGUCCGGGCAUUAAGCGGCUGAAACAUCACACUGUGGAAUUUGUUGAUGGAACGACACAGAAUUUCGAUGCCAUCAUAUUUGCAACAGGCUACAAAAGCAAUGUACCCUCCUGGCUAAAGGAAGGAGAUAUGUUCUGUGAAGAAGAUGGGUUCCCGAGAAGGCCAUUUCCUAAUGGGUGGAAGGGAGAGAAUGGGCUGUACGCUGUGGGUUUCACCAAACGGGGACUUCUUGGUGCCUCCAUGGAUGCGAAGAGAAUAGCUCAGGACAUCGAACAGUGUUGGAAAGCUGAGGCCAAGCACAGUACUGUUUUUACUCGCUCUAUUUCGCAGCAAUCCAAUUCAUGAUUGGUUUGUUUCCUUUUUGGUUUUAUUUGGUCAAGCUUUGUUCUUAGAGCCGAUGACAAGAUAUUUUAUCGGAUCGGGUCAGAACCUCGGGUCAUUAAUUAUUACCAUUGGAGAUACAUACAUCUCAUGGACGUGCCAUCACACAGAGAUAUGCUCAACGAAAUAUUGCUUCUGCACUUUUCCUAUAUCACCAUCAAGAGCGAGGAAGGGGUAUUCAAAUUCAUUAAAAUAUAGUGUUAUUAUUUUAGUGAGUUUUGAUUGACUCCUCGGAGUUGGAUGAUCCCACCAGCUGGAAAAAGGUACGAUUAAAGACAGUAAACAACAGUGAAGAUUUUCACUGACCAGCCUUCACCUUUACGUGGAUUAUUAUGUACCAGUCAGCCAAUCAGCCAUGGAGAAAGGAGAUUUUGAAGUGAAGUUGCAAGAGAAGGAUAUAUGCUGAUUUAUUUUUCUUGUGUUGUAGUUGUUGGGGGAGGGGGGCUCCUAUCUUUCUGUACAUCUUGUACAUUACAAUUUUUCCCUAAUUAGGUUUGACUUAUUUAGAGAGGAGAGGGAAGCAGGGUGACAGAGAACGAGUGUUUAAUUUGGUACUCAUGUGAUUGUUGUUUAACCUAGAUUCCCACGAGGUCUUUUUCGAAAAAAAAAAGUAUGAGAUAUCCUAAUGUUUUCACCCCAUUUUAUAUGAAUUUGCUACCUCUGA